GAAUUUCAUCUUAUCGUAACUCAGACCAUCCAUUGCUCAGACUCGAUCGCAACGCUCUCUAGAGACAUAUACGCCGACCAUGCCCUAGCACAAGUUUCUUCAGCGGUAACUGUUCCUCAUAUACACGGCUAGUACCAGCCCUCUCCGCUCCUAGCUAUAGCUUCAGUUGCUAUGCCCUCCGAAGCUUUCCACAACUUUGUCCGCACCCUUUGGGCUUGGAUCAAGUGGCUCUUCCUCGCGUGUUUCUGCGCUACGGAUGAGCCUUGUCCAGGCUCAAACAUAGAGACAGAAAGGCCGUUCGACGCUGCGCCUGACAUGGAGAAUGGUUCUAAAAAUUUUAGAUCACCGGUGACCCGCCCGCCACACUGUUCACCUCACUUGGCCAGCAGUCCAAUCUUUGCUUACGCUCGUUCGGGAAAUUUCAGCCCUACUACUCUCGUUAGACCGACCUUUGUCUCUCCUCAUCCCCCUCGUACAUCCUCGCUUUCUCCUGGUCCUGUGGCUCCCAUCGCUCCUCAAUACUACACAGUAUAUCAUUCUCCUGAGCGCUCUGUCACCCCGCAUCCUACACCCUCUGCGACUGCCAUGUCAGAUCUUUCUAUCACCUCCACCCCGACUCCUUCCAUCACCACUUCUCCGAGUCCUUCCACCACAUCUACUCCGAUGCUCUCCACCACCACCGCAUCUACUCCCUCCACCAGCAUCGCCACAACUCCUGCCAGCAUUGCGCGAUCUUGCACUGUCAGCUCUCAGUCAGCCUCCACCGCGGAGCCGAUCACCCCCUGCAACGUUCCUGAGCUUGCAAUCCAUAUCGUCUCCGACACCUCAAAGCCUCCUACUGUGUGCAACACAGGCGAUAUCGGAGCAGGCACCGAGCUACCCUCUGCACUCGCCCUCCCUCAACCGGCCAACGCGUUCGGAUCUCAUCGGAGAACGUCGAGCGUCGAGUCGGACAAGGCUGCGCUGGGUAGGCCACUUAGCUACCUGGCCUGGCUAUGGAACGACACCGACGACGGAUCGCCGAAGCGUGGUGAACGGGAACAGGGGCAAGAACACAAGCACUCGUCCGACGCUGCUGGGAAUCUCGAGGCUGAAUCAUCACCGCCCGCGUCUGCUGUUUGCGACACCGACCAGCGCUCCGAGUCGGACACCAUCUCCACCCCGCCAAGUUCGCCCUCGCGCGCGCCGCACACACCUGUCGAAUCCCCCACAUGCACAUACAAGAGAUGGGCGCUCCUCGACUGCGCGUCUACCCUGCCCUCGCCUGCCCCCUUCGCCUCUCCGCCCCACCACGACGCGGGCCUGCCGUCCCCGUGGAGCGCGAACGAGCUCGCCAAGGAUUCAGAGUCUGAAUCGGAGGCCGCCUCCGCCUCCCCAUCCCAGUGUCAGUGGCCGAUGCACGAGCAAAGUCCGUCGCGGGAGAGGUCACGCAAGAGGCUCGUGUCGCCGUGGAGCGUGUACGUUGUGCAGGACGGGCUAGGAGACGGGGGCGCGAAAGAGGGCAAGGGGCUGGGCAUCUCGUUAAAUGAGCGGUGCUCGUUCGUAUGUGCGCCUGGCAUCGCGCAAGAGGCAGGGCUCUGUGGGCCGUGCGUUGGUUUCUGCUUCUUUUCUCUUUAG